GUCGUGUACGGAGCGAUGGGGACGGCAGUGUGUGGACAAGUUAAUAUGUGUUUUUAUUGCCGGCACAUCGGCCAGUCAAAAUCUCGGGACACGUUCUAGCGGUCACGCCGAUCUACUCGCAAUUUCGGCAGCCGGGAUAACGGCGCUCAGUGACGGAAGUGCGGUGGACAUGCGGCUAAGUAAAUCUAUAUACCGCUACUUCGGCGCCGUCGUCAUCUCGUUCUCGGCGACGUGACGGUGACGGCGGUGGUGGACAAACGCACUUUGAGUAUAGAAAAAAAUGUAUCACAUAUCUGUCACGAAGUUAAAAUAGUAGAGUAGGUAGGUAGGUAAUAACAAUCGGUCGCAACGCAAAGUUGUAGAAAAGCAGAGUGGUUACUUUUAUCUAUAGGUGUUAUGAAUUAAAUAGGUACUAGUAAUUAAAUACAACACAACAAUAAAUUAUUGUGUUGUAGCAAUUUUUUAUCAAAACUUUAAUGAAGCUACAAAAAUGUUUGUAAAAUCUUUAAUAAAAUCAAUGCAACUAAGGUCUCUGUUAUGUGACCUAAAUAGGAUUUUGCCGGCGUUUUAUUAUCACAAACAUUGGGUUAUUGAUCGUAUAUCGUUACCUUAUGCAAUAAGAAAGGCUACUAAAGAUAUUAAAGGUGACGAUUCAACCAAAGAAAAAAUUAUAAAAUCCCUUAACUUUCAAUCAAAUAAAGAUGCUCUGCCAUUUUAUAAAUUACCAGUUAAAACAUUGUUGCAUAUCUAUAAAGUUACCAAAAAUGAUGAGAUGAAUGGAUUUUGUACAAAUAGACUAUAUUAUUUGUCAGAAAAAAUAAAAUGCCCUACUUUUGUAGUCAGUGAAAAAUUAGCACAAAGGAUUUUUAUAUAUGGACUCUCAUUUAGUUGGCUUAGCAGUUCAUUACAAGUUUUAAUAGACAAUGGUGUGCCUGGAGACCGCAUAAUAAGAGAUCUCUGGGUUCUUAAGUAUCGAAGUGAUACUAUUAAAGAAAGGCUUCGAAGAAUUAAAAGUAUGGGUAUUGAUAAUUUGUAUCCUUGGAUGGUGAGAUGUUCUGAAGACAUUUUAAGCAGGUAUAUCAGUAUAUCCCAAGAGACCAAAACUAUUUUGGGUGAGACUAAAACAACCAAGUUAUAUUUAGCAAAUAGGUUGAAUAUUUUGCCUGAAAAUGUAGAUAAAUUUUGUACUCAAAUACCAGCAUUGAAGACUAUACGUGUGACCAAGGUAAAACAUUUUUUGGACUUCCUAAUAGACAAAGGCUUCAGUGUGGAAGACAUAGCAGCCAAACCCAGAGUUUUAACGUCGUCGCGAAAGACAGUAGAACGAAGACUAGAGCAACUUAGGAAUCUAGGCCUAAACGAAAUUAAUUUGAAUGUUCUAUGCAGAAGCAAAAAAGAUUUUCAGAAAUAUGUAGAAUCGAUUGAAUCCUCUUUAAAAGAGAGUAAUUAAGAACAAAUAUGUAAAAACUCCAUGCUGAAAGAUAUAUGUAUAACUGAUGUUGUGUGGUGUUUUACUAAAAGAAGCAAUUAAUUAUUUUUUUUAUUAUUUACCAGGCAAUAAUACAUACAUAGUUAUCUAUAUGUUUAAAAUUACAGUAUCUUCGAAAUAUGUAAAUGAUUAAAGAAAAUAAAUUAACACAAAAAAUA